UAUAGGUACUGAAUGAAUCAUGAAUGUCCGAGUGAAGGGAAAAUUUUGGAGCAUUACAUUUUUUAUAAUAUUCAUAACAAUUUUUGAAAAUGAAUGUUACGAAAAAACGUUGCGGAAAAUUGUGCGCAACCAAUCAAAAAUGGUGCAAAGGCCGUUCAGUGAGUCUGGCAAUGAUUUUAAGAAUCUGAAACUAAAUAAUAAGGUAAUUUACCCAGGGUAUGCGCAAAAAAAAUCAACUGUUCAUAAAAUGCAGAGACUGAAAAUGCCUACCAUCUUAACUAAUGAAAUCGUGCAUCCAUUCGACCUUCGGACAGCACGGAAUGCUAUUAACUUGUUCCGGCGAAGAGAAGAGAGUUCCAUUCUACCAGGAGCGAUUUCGAAUGAAUUCCUUAAUACAAGUAAUGUGGCUAUACCUACGUCAAUUUUUUUCCCCCCGGCCGAGGAAAAGGUUCCGUCUAGCUCAGAACAAGACAGCUCGAUGAAAUAUAACGUGGUAACUUCCGAUAAAUCUGCUAUCAACGACAAGCUUCUGGCAAAAAGUGUUAUUUCUAGUACAGAAACAACCAACGAUGGAGAAUUUGAAGCCAAUGCAAUUGAACUAAACUUGACAUAUUACGAUACAGGUGUUAAAAAGGCUGAUUUCUUUUCCAACAAAGGUUCAGCAAAAGUGACUAUAAGCAAUAAUAAAUCUUGGCAUAUACCAUUUAGUUGCACAGAAUUUCACGAAUUUAAAGCAGAUAUUGACGCCCAAGAAAAAUUUAACGAGUUUAACAUUGAGCCAUCAUGGAUUGGCAACAAACAUUUUUGGAAUCUUGUUUACGAAGGUCGCUAUGAGGCUCUUAUGAGGGACGCCCAGUGGCCUGCAUUGAAAGUAAUAUUAGUGCCACGGUCGCACGUCGACACAAUUUGGAAACAACCCUUUGAAAACCUCCAUAAGAACGCAGCGCGUAAGAUUAUAUCGAACAUAGUGAAAAAGCUUCAAUUUUACUCCAAUCUAACGUUCUCUUGGAAUGAGGUGUCGCAUUUGAGUCAGUGGUGGCAAAAUGCUCGACAAAAGAGUCGAACGGCUCUGCGUAGACUAGUUGAGGAAGGACGACUAGAAAUCACAACAGGUGGAUGGGUACAAACUGAUGAGGCCACAUCACAUUUAUUCGGGAUCCUACAUCAAUUAAUUGAGGGUCACCAAUGGUUAUUGUAUAAUUUAAACUAUUCGCCAGUGGUGGCUUGGCUGACCAACAGUGUGACACACAGCCCUACCCUGCCUUAUAUUCUAUCAGCAUCGGGAAUCUCCAACCUAGUUUUAACAAAUAUGCAUUUCUCCUGGCAACAAUACCUCACCGAGUACCAGUACACUGACUUCGUAUGGGUUCAAAAUUGGGACACAGAUAAAACUGCUCACACAAACCUCAACGAAGCUUUGAACAGGAUUGGCAACGAUCGUUAUCCAAAGCAUUCUGUUAUCACCCACUAUUUGCCAUUCAAUUCUGAUGGAUUUAAAGCUUGCGGUCCGGAAGGUGAACCAAUAUGUGACAUGGAAUUUAAUUUUAUCGAUUCUUCUACCCAAGAUUUAAAUACAUUUAACCUCAAAGUGAAGGCUGAGAAAUUGUUAGAGCAGUAUUCAAAAGCGGGCACGAUAUCGUCACACAAUGUGAUUAUUUCGCCGUUAGGAGGUGACCAUCAUUACGAAUCUCAAACGGAAUUUGACUUUCAGUACAAUAACUAUCAAAAAAUUGCGGAUUACGUAAAUCUUAAUCAUGAUAUUUAUAAGGCUACGAUCAAAUUUGGGACGAGUAAAGAUUAUUUCAAAAACAUACUGUCGAAGCAAAACAGUUUCCCCAGUUUGAAAGGCGACUUCCUAAAUUUUGCUGACAUCAGGGACGGCAGACCUGCAUAUUGGACAGGAUAUUUUUCUACGCGAUCUUUGUUAAAAAUUAUCUUGAGACGUCUUCACUCAACGUUACGAAGUACCGAAAUACUGUUUUCUUUCGCUCUCAAUUUCAACGCUUUCAAUUCAUACAAAGUAUCAACGUUAUAUGAACGUUUGCUGAACGCUCGUGAGUCUGUCGCUCGUCUUCAAGACCGAAAUGUUGUAAGUGGCACAUUGACGGUUAAUGCACUUAGGUAUGUCCAACAACAAGUGAUUAAGACUUCUAGAGAUUGCUGGUCCAUUCAAGAGACUGCCGCUAGCUUAAUCAGUUCGAAACCAGCUCAAAAUGAGACGUAUCUCGAAAAAUAUAUUUACAGGGAAGGAGAAUUUAUAACUUCUUAUAAAUCAGUGACACCCGGUGACCAAAUAUAUAUAUUUAAUUCCCUAAAUCAUGAGAGAAUCGAAAUCGUGGAACUCCUAACCAGACACCCAAAUGUAAGAAUCAUAGAUCACAUUGAAAAUGAAGUGCAAAUACAAAUUAACCCUGUAUGGAAAUUUGGUUUGGAGAAAAGAGUUAGAAUUUCGAGCCAUUUUUUUAAGAUGACUUUUAUAGCCAAAGUCCCACCGCUAGCGUUCGUGUUGUUUAAAAUAGAAAGGAUUCUUCAUGUCACACACAAUGCUGCUACGAUUUAUUGUACGUCUUGCGUUGUCGAUAGAUUUGAUGAUGCAUCUGACUUUGUUUUCAACGUGCGUCCUUUAGAAACAGGUGACAUUCAACUGGAAAGUUACAGGUAUCGAAUUGUUAUCGAUGAACAUACAGGAUUUUUAAAAACUGUAACUCAAAAAUUGUCUAUUGAACAACCUGUUGUUGUAGAUUUUGGAGCAUUUACUAGUGCUAGUGUAAAUUCUGGCAUGUUUUUGUUUAAUACGAAUACCUCUAAACCUAUGGAAGACAUACUAUCACCGUUCAGACAAAGCGUUGAAUCGAGAGCUAUUAUAAUUGUUUCGGGUCAAAUUACUACUGAAUUGACAUCGCUUUACGGAAAUGUUCUGCAACAUACUGUUAAAAUAUUCAAUGUAAUGAAAAAUCCUCUCGCUGAUAUUAUAAAGCUGGAGACGAAAAUAAAUUACGACGUAGCACCUAACAGAGACACGGAAAUGUUUCUAUCUCUUCAAACGGUCAUCGGGAACGGCAAUCCUCCAGAAAUCUUCAUUGAUAAUAACGGCUUCCAAUACACAGCACGAAACAUUAACGUCAGUAGAAGCAUAGAAUCAAAUGUGUAUCCUUUUACAAGUAUGGCUUACAUACAGGACCAAAAAACUAGGUUGACAAUCCUUAGUGACCACGCUCAAGCUGUGACAGCUUUACAAGAGGGUCAAUUGGUGCUUAUGCUGGAUAGGAGGGUGCAUUAUGAUGAUAAUCAAAGGCCAAAUGAAGGAACCGCUGAAAACAGUAUGACCACACACACUCACUACCUGCUACUAGAGAAUUUCAUUGAGAAUAAGAAUAGCUUCGACGAAGUCUUUUCUAAAACUGAUUUAAAAUUGCCCAGUCAUACAGCGCUAUACUUGGCGGACACUCUUAAUUACAACUUAGAUAUUUACUUCAUCGAUGCAAAUAGAACUCAUUUAUGCCACUACACGUAUCUGCCUUUGAUUAAAACAUCUUUCCCAUGCGACGUUGCCUUGAUAAAUUACAGGGCAGUUUUGAAUAGGGGUACUCCAGAAAAAUUUAAGCCGAAUGCCGCUUUGAUGACGCUACACAGGCAGAGAUUCUGUUGUCGAAUAGAGAGUGAUGCUAGCAUGCAGUGCAGCAGAGAGAGUUCUUUCAAAUUGGACAAUGUACUUCGUAAAAUCAGAGCGGUUUAUCUGACCAACUUAGUAGGUACGACUGAAGGCGUUCCUGUAACUGUGUUGAAUAAAAUUAAUUUUCCAUCCAUGGAGCUGACGACGUUGCGUAUAUAUUUUUAAUAAGUGCCACUUUUGAGACAAACGAUA